UGAAACCUCCGUGGAGUCGCUCUUAGAGUUGAGGUCGACACCUCCUCGGGAUCCGCGUCCCUGCAGGUGUGUCCGUGAACGCCCCGCGAACCUUUCAGGUGAGCCCACGUGCCACACCCGAGGUACACCUUGUGCCGAACAGGCCGGAACUUCCCCGUCCAGCCCAGGUAGUCGAGCGGAUUUGACCUUGACCUAAAAGACGCCGUGCCACAUUAUGGCACCGUAAAGCCCUGUACGUACUAGGAAGGAGAUGGGGAGAUGGACGUUACAUCUCUCAGUGGGGCUUGGGCUUUUAGCCGUCCUGUUGACCUACUGUUUUGCUGAAGUGAACUACUGCUUGGCUGCCAAGGCCAAGAACUGCUCAGAAUGCUUGCAAGCUGGGAAAGGCUGCGUCUACUGUCCUGAUGAGACUUUUAAUGGCCCUCGCUGUGACCUGCGCGAGAAUAUCCUCGCCCAUGGCUGCAGUGCUGCUGCUGUAAUUACAGCUCAAAGCAGUAUGAACAUUGAAAAGACAGAAAAAAUCAACAUCAGCCUUCAGCAGUCUCAGGUGUUUCCAAAGCGGGUAAGCAUGACGCUUCUGCCUGGAGAGGAAAAAUAUCUGGACGUAGAGGUGUUCGCUCCAACCAAAGGCCCUCUGGAUCUUUAUAUUCUUAUGGACUUCUCCAACUCCAUGGCUGAUGAUUUGAACAACUUGAAGAGGAUGGGCAAAGAGCUGGCCUCAUUGGUGGAAAGGCUGUCAGAUGACUACACCAUUGGCUUUGGAAAGUUUGUGGACAAAGUGGUUGAGCCCCAGACUGAUAUGAGACCUGCCAAACUCGCACAGCCAUGGCCCGACAGUGACCCUCCUUUCUCUUUCCAAAAUGUCAUCAAGCUGACCAAAAACUUGGAUAUCUUCACCAGUGAGCUCCAGAAGGAGAGAAUAUCUGGCAACCUUGACGCUCCUGAGGGAGGGUUUGAUGCCAUAUUGCAGGCGGCAGUUUGUGGGGAUAAGAUCGGUUGGCGAAACCAUAGCACACAUCUCUUGGUGUUCUCCACUGAGUCAGCCUUCCACUACGAGGCCGACGGCGCUAAUGUGCUGUCGGGCAUCCUGCGGCGCAAUGACGAGAGUUGCCACCUGGACGCAGCAGGCAAAUACACAGAGGAUAUAAAUCAGGACUACCCUUCAAUACCCACACUGGUCCGUUUGCUGGGCAAACACAACAUCAUCCCCAUCUUCGCCGUCACCAACCACUCAUACACGUACUACCAGAAACUCAAGACGUAUUUCCCUAUUGCUGAGGUUGGUCUGCUGCAAGAAGAUUCAUCCAAUAUCCUGGAAGUCAUGGAGACGGCCUUUAAGAAUAUCCGAUCUAAGAUGAGCAUCCGUGCAGAGGAUAGACCCAAGGCUUUUGGGGCUAAGUUCAUGUCCACCAGUGGACAGAUUGCAGAAUAUGGAGCCUUUGAUUUCAAGCCUGGAGCAAUAGGCAAGUUCAAGGUGCACCUCAAAGCCCUGCAGAUGAUCGACAACAAGCCAGUCUGUCAGAUGAAACCGGAUGAAAAAGAGGGGACAAUGAGAAUCAAACCCACAACCUUUAACGAUGCGGUCAUGGUUCAGGCCUCGGUCUUUUGUCCGACCUGCAGUUGUGAGAAGAAUCCCAUCUUUAAAGCAGCCAGGUGCUAUGGCAAUGGAGACCUGGUGUGCGGGAAGUGCCGCUGUUCUGAUGGCUGGCUGAGUACAUUCUGUAACUGCUCAGCGAGUGUUUCAGCUCUGGAUACCAGCCAGUGCAUAGGUCCAGGUAUGACACAGCCUUGUUCGGGCCGCGGAGACUGCCUGGAUUGUGGAACCUGUGUGUGCUACAACCCAGAUCAGUUUGAGGGACCCUACUGUCAGUACGACAAGACCCAGUGUCAAAGAUACGGGGGCUUCCUCUGCAAUGACCGUGGUUCUUGUGUCAUGGGUCGGUGUGCAUGUACAGAAGGCUGGGAGGGAAAUGCCUGUGAGUGUCCCAAGAGCAACCAGACCUGUCUGGACAGCAAGGGGAGUGUCUGCAAUGGGCGAGGUAAAUGCGUGUGCGGUCGCUGUGAGUGUCCGAACUCGGGUAUCGAAAUGACUUCAACCUGUGAGCCAAAUUUCCAGGCCCAGCUGGGCGUAUGUGAAGCUACAAACAGUUGUGUCCAGUGUCAAGCCUGGAAGACAGGAAAGAAGAAGGAGAAAGAGGAGUGUGAUAAGUGCCCAUUCAAAAUUAUCAUGGUGGAUGAACUCAAGAAAUCGGAGGACGUGCUUGAUUCAUGCAAUUUCCGUGAUGAGGAGGACGACUGUACAUACUACUACACUGUUGAAAAUGCUAAAGAUCCGACAACUGGAGUCCUGGAGGUUCAAGUGCUCAAGAAGAAAGAUUGUCCCCCUGCUAGCCUCCUGUGGUUGCUCCCUCUCAUCUUGUUCCUCUUGUUACUGCUGGCACUUCUUCUGCUCUGCUGCUGGAAAUACUGCGCCUGCUGUAAAGACUGCUGGCAGAGCUGUCUUGCCCUGCUACCUUGCUGUAGGAGAGGUCGCAUGGUUGGCUUCAAGGAGGAUGAGUAUUUGCUCCGCCAGUCUCUGCUAACCUCUGACCAUCUGGAUACACCAAUGGUGAGGACUGGCCCACCAAAAGGAACUGAUGUUGUUCGCUGGAAGGUCACAGAUAAUGUACACCGAGGACCCAAUCACCCCCAGGCUCUGAUAAAGCCCAAUCCUAAAGAGACCAUCCAGUUCCCCAUCUCCCUCCGGCUAAACCGGUUGUUGUCUGACAACCUGUUUCACCCUGAAUCCAGAGACUCUGAGCAGCUCCGCAAGGAAGUGGCCGAUAACCUAAAUGAAGUGUACAAACCGAUUCCUGGGGCCCAGAAGGUGCAAAAGACCAAUUUCAGAAUGCAGAGAAAUGCUGGAAAAAGGCAGGACUACACCAUCAUGGAUACCGUCUUGUCAGCUCCUCGCAGCAGCUAUCCUGAUAUUGUCAAACUCACAGAGAAAAAUGUCCAGUCUGGAAACUUCCAUGACCUCAAAGUGGUGCCUGGCUACUACACUGUGGCCACAGACAGAGAGGCUGCGGGAGCCAUAGAGUUCCAAGAAGGUGUGGAGUCAGUAGACGUUCACGUGCCACUCUUUGUCAAGGAUGAAGACGAUGACAAGAAACAGCUUCAGGUGGAGGCAAUGGAUGUGCCACUGGGCAUUGCUGAGAUUGGAAAACGUUUGGUCAACAUCACCAUCAUCAAAGAGCAUGCUGCCAGUGUGUUCUCGUUCCUCCAGCCGGCCUACACCUACAGCAGGCAGGAUGGAGUGGCCAAUAUUCCAAUCAGCAGAGAGAUCAUUGAAGAUGGACGCACACAGGUCACCUACCGCACGAGGGACCUCACAGCCAAGGACAAGAAGGAUUAUGUGAAUGUGGAAGGAGACCUGACCUAUGGUCCUGGUGAGACCCAGAAGAUAGUUCCUGUUCGACUGCUGGAGCUGGGCGAGAAAGAUGGCCUCUUGGAAGACAAACAGGUCAAGCAGUUUGUCAUGGACCUCAGUAACCCACGGCAGGGCGCCAAGCUGGGACGCUACCCGAGAACUACUAUCACCAUUGCAGACCAACCAGAGCCCAGUGUGAUGAUGUUCAAAAAGGGCACCCAGAACUUCACCACAUCUGACACAACCUACACCAUCCCUGUGGUCCGCACUCGAAAUCAGGACAGCCCUGCCACAGUGAAAUGGCGCACCAAGAAGGCCCAGCGCUUCGAGCUCUCUGGCCCUGUGAAAUUUGGUCCUGGAGAGACAGAGAAGAACAUAGUGAUCGACCCAAAAGCCCAUCCUGGCCCAAUCCAGCCAGAGACCUUCCAACUGGAGCUGUUUGACCCAAGUAGUAAUGCUUCUAUUGGAGAGAGGAAGACCACGCAUGUCACUGUCACAGACGGAGUUCCCAAAUCUACUGAGACAAACCAGAUGCAGCUGAAGGACUUCAUCAGCCAGAAAGCCACCUCCCCUGGCGGGCAACUUCUCUCCCCAGCAAACCCUGCUGCCAAAGCAACUGGACCCAGAAGCAUUCACCUCAACUGGGACCCACCACUUGGUAACCCCAUGGGGUACAAGGUGAAGUAUUGGGUCUAUGGCGACCCAGAGAAAGAAGCCGAGGUCUUAGAUGUGAAGACUCCUCAAGCUGAGUUGACCAACUUGUACCCCUAUUGUGACUAUGAGAUGCGAGUGUGCGCAUACAAUGCGAUGGGAGAUGGCCACAAUACUGACAUUGUUGAAUGUCAAACCCUGGAGGAAGUGCCUGGUGAACCUGGACGUCUGGCCUUCAAUGUAAUCGGUCCAACUGUCACUCAGAUCAGCUGGGCAGAGCCUCCAGACGCAUAUGGCAAUAUUACGGCUUAUGAGGUCAUCUACACACCCAUCGAUGAUGAUCAAAAGCCAGUGGGCGGCGCAAAGAUAGUAAAGAUUGACAACCCCAAGAAACGAAUGCUGUUGAUAGAGAACCUCCAGAAUGCCCAAACCUACCAAUACAAGGUCCGUGCCAAGAACAGCAUAGGCUGGGGCAGCUUCAGAGAAGCUACCAUCAACCUGGCAUCACAGCCUACCAGACCUCUGUCCAUUCCCAUCAUUCCAGACAUCCCUAUUGUAGAUGCAGAGGCAGGAGACGAGUAUGACAGCUACUUGAUGUACAGCAAUGACGUGCUAAAGUCCCCUGGAAGCUCCAAGACACCCAGUGUCUCUGGUGAUGGCUGGAAAUAUGUCAAGUUGGUGGGGUCCAACCUAGAUCUCCGUAAGGUGUCGUGGAAAAAGCAGGUGGACAUCAUCUCCAGUCGGCUCAGCACAGACACAGAGACGAGCUCAGAUGAGGCCCCCUACCCCAGCUACGCUCAAACACCCCUGCCAGAUUACAUGAUGAAUGGGAAGUGGGACCAGAACUUCCCUUUCCCAGGGGGAUCAGUGACACGCAACUUUUCAACAUCGUCCUCUCCUAUGUCCACCCUGAGCUCAAACUACAGAGGAGCAGGCGGCUCCUUUACCACAGAAACAACCACCAGCUACAUGUCUGGAAGCUCUCGUAGACAGGAUGUGAUUGGAGGCGGAGUACAUAAAUCGGAAGUCAUCAUGAGGAAGCGCUCAGAGACCAGGGGUUAUACAGAUGAAAACAUUCGGGACUCUAUUGUCAUGGCAGAUGUGUCGAGCAAGUUUCCAGAUCAUGGUGGGUUCGGCUACAAUGGGAUGCAGAGCAGCUCUCAGAGCCAGUUCAGCUACAGCCUGUCUCAGGGUUCGAGGGCCAGGACCCAGUCUUCAGACGUCAACGAAGCCUUAUAUAAUCUGGACAGGGUGCUCCAGGAUGCACGACUCUCUCCUGGUGUCCCAGACACCCCUAGCAGACUGGUGUUUUCUGCUCUGGGUCCCACUGCCCUCAAAGUCAGCUGGCAGGAGCCCCAUUGUGAGAAAGACAUACUUGGCUACUGUGUCCUCUACCAGCUGCUCAAUGGAGGUGAUAUGAAGCAAAUCAAUGUGACAAACCCAGCAGAGAACUCUGUGAUCAUCCAGGACCUGCUGCCCAACCACUCCUACCUAUUUAAGGUGAAGGCUCAGAGCCAGGAGGGCUGGGGUCCAGAAAGAGAAGGAGUCAUCACCAUCGAGUCUCCUGUUGAUCCCAACUGUCCCCUCAGCCCGAUGCCAGGCUCGCCAUUUACUCUGAGCACUCCCAGUGCUCCAGGCCCCCUGGUCUUCACUGCUCUGAGCCCUGAUUCCCUGCAACUGAGCUGGGAGAAACCUCGCAAACCUAACGGAGACAUCCUGGGCUAUGUGGUCACGUGCGAGCAGCUGCAUGGUGGAGGCGACGUGCGUUCCUUCCAGGUGAACGGUAACGACGCUGAGACCAGUCUGACUGUCCCAAACCUGACUGAGAACGUUCCAUACAAGUUUAAAGUUCAGGCUCGAACUACACAGGGCUUCGGUCCAGAGAGGGAGGGUAUCAUCACCAUCGAGUCUCAAGAUGGAAGUGCGUUGUCUCAGUACAAUAGCCAAUCAAUGGCAAGGAGGGAGGUUUUCCACAUGCCAACAGAAGUCAGUACACGAACCAACGUCUCACACACCAUGCUCAACGACCCCUACUUCUCAGAAGGGAUGAUGAUGACCACACAGCACACAGAGACCAGCGGCAUGGUGACCCAUCAAAUCACUAAGGAAGUGGUCCAGAGGAGUGUCAUGGGAGGAGCCACUGUCACAAAGAAGAUGUUUUAUGAAUCUUAAGAUUUUAUUUAACCAUGGCCAAAUUAUCACCCAGUGGUCCAACACGAUGAGGAAUCAUUUCUGAGAUUCUCUCUCACACAAUCAGUGUAUAUUUUAAAAUAUGUGUGUGGGUGUGAGAUUCAGUGACCAAAAAAAGAUUUCAUGUAAUAAAUAAAUGGAGAGGAGGCCGUUCUUUCAUGUCUGUUACAAACUGUAGCCGCCAUCUUCCAUAGAUGAGGUUCAUUUGAACAUUUCCAUGACUUUCACUGUUGCUUCUGAUGUUUUUUGUUCCAGUUUCUUUUGCAGUAGGGAAAUUGUUUUGUGUGAGAAUCCACUCCCUCUGUCGGUUCAGAUCUGGUAACACACACUGGGGCUUUAAACAGGCCAGCACGUUUCAGUAAUCUAACUGUGGUUCAGUAAUCCAAAGUGACCUUUUCCCCUGUCUCCUGUCCUCUGUAAGAGAUGCUUUGUCUGUGUGAUGUGUUUUGACUAUUUCAGGUUCAACUCACCAAAUUUCAACCCAUGUUUUGACUGAAAAACUUCUGUCUUUUUGAGAUGCGCCUGUUUGCAAGAGGGACUGGUUGGAAUUUGUUGUGGAUGCUUUAUAAGGUUCAUUUUCAUUCAAGUGGUCCUAUCCUGAGUGAUCGAGAGCAUCAAAGUGUUGCAUUUGGGACUUUUGUUCAUAGAUUUAUAUUAUAUUUAAGCCUGAUAAAGUUUUUCCCAAGCAUAUUUAAUACUUUUUAAGAUUUUACUUAAGCAGACUGAUGUUGAGUUCAAUGCCAAAUAUAGAGAUAUUUCUGCAAAGACAGGUUAGUGCUUGGGUUGCUGAUUUAUAAUUGCAUUUUCUACUGACAAGCAAGGGGCAUCAUUAUGAUCUCAGAACUCUGAGAUGUAACAUGGUUUUGCAUUUCAGAUGUUUUAUACUUAAAAAUGUGGUAUACACUGCUUCCAGUUGAUCAUUUCAUGUGUUUCUUUACUCUGCAAGGCCAUUGUAUUUUAAAUUUUGAGUAGAUUAACAUUUCAACAAUGAGAUCUUGGUCUUUAAGAGAAAAGGUAUGUAAAGACGGAGAUUGUAUUUGCUUAAAUGCAACUCCUACUGUAUUUUGGCUUCACAUUUUGCUAAAAAUAAUUUUUUAAAACAUAUUUUGAGAGGACAUUUUUGAUAGUAAAUGCAGAUACAGAUAAGUGGAUCAACUUUACACCCAAAACAGACUCAGUAAAGUAUUCAUGUACUUUUGAUCAACAUGUAUCACUUAUGUUUAAGAAGUUGAUCUUACUUUUUUGCAUUGUUUUUUUUAAUGUUUUUAUGUAUUUCUAUUGCACUUAAGAGGGAUUUGAAAUUAAAAGAUU